UCAUCCCAGAGGCUUUGGAGAUGUGUGAGCUUACAGGAUCAUCUCGGUACGCAUCAGAUGACAGAAUGCUGCCAACAUAACAACAUUUCUUUACGACCGGAAGCCCAAUUUCUGUGGUGACUGGUUCUGCCGAUGUAGAAUGAGAAUGGUCCGCAGGUUGAAACAUAACAUCUGUCUUAGUUUGGCUGGUGGUCAGACCGAAACGGACCGCACUGAAACCACUGAAGAGGUUCCGAGUAUGUUCCUGAGUGCGCACUAUAAGCGCGCAGUCGUCAGCAUACAGGAAAUCACAGCUGUAGAUGUCUCCGUCCUAGCUUGAAGUAAGUUGUGGUACACUUACAAAUAGUACAAAUAGACAGCUUUUUGCUAAGGAAAAAACAAUGGUCAAUUCAAUUUUAUUUGCAUAGCCCAAUGUCACAAAAACAAUGGCCUCAUUGGGCUUUAUGCCAGUAAUUUUACAGUUGCAGAAGAUCGGUCAUAAAAUAUAAAUUAUAGCUAAUUGCUAUACUAAACAACUAAAUUAAUUGGUUAUUCCUGCCCUUAGACCCUCCCUCCCGGUGAGGCAAAACUCCUAAAAAAACGGAUUCAGGAAAAAAGAAGAAACCUUAGGGAUGCCCACAUAAGGGAGAGAUCCUAUCCCAGGACGGACAAGCGAUUUACCAGGACUAUUAAAGAGGAAUUAGCUUAUGGGGCGGCUGUGGCACAGCGAUAGGGCGGUUGACUCCUGAUCGGAGGAUUGCGGCUUUGAUUCCCGCCUUGCCCGCCCAUGUGUCGAAGUGUCCUUGGGGAAGACACUGAACGCCAAAUUGCCUCUGAUGGGAGGUUGGCCCCAGUGUUUGGCAGCGGAGCCACCACCAGUGUGUGAAUGGUUCAGUGACUGUAAAGUGCUUUGGGCCUUCAAAGGAAGAUAAAAAGCGUUAUACAAGUAUACGGCAUUUACCAUUUAUCAACUCUACGACUACGUAUUUGAAUAGAGUUCAUUCAGAUAGGACCGGGGAAAGGGGCGCAGUCCACAGCCAAGCUCUGAAGCACAGACGAUCCACCAGGAAUGAAUCUCACUCUGAGAUGCAGGAUAAUCAGAGGUGUGGUCCGCAGUCAAAAGUAGGUCCAAUCAGAGACCGGCAUGAAGUUGAGCUUAAACCAGUGAAGUUCAUUUCGUUAAAAGUGUGCCUUGUCUGCCCUGAAGUAAGAAGAAGAAUCUGGAUGGACAGGUAACAUGUCAAAGAAGAAAGACUUCCCUGACUCAGCCCUUAAAACCCUGUUUGAGAGCAGCAGCUUUCACUCCCCUCUUUAGCUGAUUUGACUUUCGCCUUCUGAAGAUUCACCAUGUUCUCUAUGCUUCUUCAGAUUUUGGGCUUUGUUCUGGGCAUCAUCAGCUUCUUCGGGACCAUCUUUGUGUGCACCCAUCAUGUGUGGAAAAUGACAACCUUAAUCGGAGAGAACAUCCUCAUCACGUGGGGCUUUUGGGAGAGAUGUGUGACGUGGAGCACAGGCCAGAUAGACUGUAUGUACUACGACUCUCUGGUUGUGCUGCCGCAGGAUCUGCGGAUUGCCAGGAUGGCAAUGGUCAUCGCAAUCAUUGCAGCCCUUUUGGGGGCCAUCCUGGUUGUUUCUUGGGGGGAGUUUAUCAACUUCAUCUAUGAAGAAAGCAGCAGGGACAUCUUAGUCAUCGCUGCAGGGAUUGCCUUCAUCUGUGCCGGUGUUCUUGUUCACAUCGCACUAUACUGGUCUGCAAUUGCCAUCAUCAAGGAUUUCUACUCUAUUGGGAGCAGCAUACUGAAGGCAGAGCUGGGAGAUGUUCUCUACAUAGGCUGGGUCCCAGGUAGAUUCCUCAUCAUGGGUGGGGCACUCCUCAUCCUUGUCAAGAUACCCCUCCUCCUUCGCAAGGGACCCCUCAUCCUUGACAAGGCAGACUUCAUUCUGGGUAGGACACUCCUCAUUCUGGGCAGGGUACUCCUCAUCCUGAGCAGGGCACUCAACAUCGUGGGCAAGAGACUCCUCAUCAUAGGGGUAUUCCUCAAGCAACACUAAAAAGGGAUUUGUAAAAUGAAGACAAUAGAACAACGGGAACUUAUUGAACCUGAUUUUUUGAGUAGAAUCUUCAUUUCUACUUUGUGUUACUCGACCCAACUUUGUAUAGAGUUAUACAAUUCAAAAGUGUCAAAAUGAUUCUUUUUGGUUGUCAGGAAGUUAAAAUACUAUUUUACAUUCAAACUCCAUCAGCAAAAGGUAAACCCUUUAAGGAAGCCAGUCUCUCCAUAUUUCUGUUAGGUUUAAGAAGAGUUUUCAUACAGUUGAUAAAAAUAAAUGGGAAAUAUCUUAAAGACAUAAUCAAGUUUCAUAUCUUUGUGCUUCAAAGCAUUCACACAGUAGUGAUCCUCCUGCUUCUUCUGUACGUUUCUAGGCACCUAAAAACUUAGUCACACUUUAUGGAUUUCAGCAAUGUUGGUAUCAAAACAUUCACCUCAUUAA